AUGCAGCAGCAACUGCUCCGCAACCCCCCACCCUCUCCUCCUCACUCCAACGACGGCGACCUGGCCUCCGACGCUGAUCUAUACUCAAUGUACGGCACUCCGGAACCCUAUGCAGGUGGCGGGCAAGGCGGUGAUGAGAGCUUCAGCGAGCAGAGUUCGGUGGGAAUUAACAUCCGAUAUGCGCCCACGAGCGACUAUCCUCAGAAUGCGUCUCUGCAUCAUUCGAUGAUGCACAAUGGUGCUCGGGUCAGUACGCCACCGACCGAUGACUCGUUUGCUCCUGGGAGUCUUGACUCAACGGCAUCCACCAGGUGGUCGUCGCCCGGACGGAGGCAGAGCGCUGCACGAGCGAGAGUAUUGAGGUCCCCCAAGCAGCGACGCAGGGCAAAGAACCGCAGUAAUACGGAGUCGACAUAUGCUUUCAAGGAGCCUUUGAGUAUCUUGACGGCACAACUGACCCAUAUCGAGGUCAAGGACAUGGACAAACAUGUUAACCGACCGAUUGAGGAACGCCUGAUCGAAGUACAGAAGAAGGACGGGAAGAUCCCCAGGCCCAUGAACUCGUUUAUGCUCUACCGCUCGGCGUACGCUGAGCGGGUCAAAGAAUUCUUCAGACAGCAAAAUCACCAAGUGGUAUCGUCUGCGUCGGGCGUCAGUUGGAAUAAGGAAACACCAGAGAUCCGGGCAAAAUACGAGCGACUCGCGGUAAUUGAGAAGAGAAAUCACCUCAAGGCACACCCCGGCUAUAAGUUCACUCCAACAAAAGACAAGAGAAAGCGUGGGACACUCGACGAUACCCGUUCCUUCAACAGUGAGUUCGGCGGGACCUCUGACGGCAGCCCAGCGUCGCGUCAUAUCAGUCGGCUCAGCACUUUCAGCACCCCCGAGAUUAGCAGUGGGUGGAACAGCGGGCAUCCGACGCCUCCUGACAUGGGCGACCAUGGCUUGCCGACAGACUAUGGUUUCCCACCUACGUGGCCUACAAGCCAUCCUGCCAGGCCAACAUCGGGAAUGAUGCUCACCUCUGACCCUUCGCACUUCAUACAACACGCCCCACACCCAGAAGAAAUACACUAUGCUCCGUCGACAGCCCUGGCUGGCCUACCCGGCGCAGCCCAUCACGACCUCCUUCAACCUCAGGGACAACCAGGCGGCCAAGUCGACCCUGCGCUGCUGGACUAUCCCAAUAGUUCACUGCACCCCGAGGGUGGGAACCAUGCCUACGGGCACCCCCAUUACCCGGUAUGGCAGGAGUCCGGCACCAAUGCUUAUGCUCCUUUCGAGGCUUCCAUGGCACCCAGCCCUAACGGCCUUUCUGGAGCUCAGCCCAUGCAACAAAGUGUGGACGGCCAGGAGACAUGGGAAUCAGGCCAAGCGGCAACCCUCGAGCCCGCUGGCGGUGAAUUCGAUAGCUGGCUCAACCACCCUAAUGGGUACUGA